CCCUAAUAUCACGGUGCACUCUAAUUUCGGAGAGCCGCUCUGUGCUUAAUACUGUGCAAAUGCUCCGUAUCAGUUGAAGCGCAAGCUCUACCAACGCGUUGCCACUGCGUCAUGAUGAAAUUCCUUGCAUGUCUCGUUCUAACUGUCUACCUUACUGUGUGUGGCGCCACUACGUUGCCGAAGAAGAUACAGUUCGGGACAUACGUGUUGUAUGACACCAGCCUCAGGGAGAGGAGCACAACUGGCAUAGGAGUGUACACCAAACUUCUCAUCAAUGCGAUCAAUGCGAGAUUACCAUUCAACGUCACCGAAACGCAGAUUGAGUUGGUACUCGUCGGGAUGGAAGAAAUUGCGGAUAACGCCAUCGUUGAAAUCGAUAGAAAUCGACGCGGCUUAUCUGACCAAGCGGAAUACUUGUUCUCGUAUGUGAGGAGACAUACUCAUAAGGGCAUAAAAAAAGCUGACAUUGUGCUGUACAUCACCGGGCUACAUUUGGACGCAGUCUCCUGGAACGGACAGUAUUACAGAGGUUGGAGCAGAAGCGGCACUAUUUGCACACCUAACAAGGCAGUGGCGGCUGCCCUGUAUAAUCCGGACUUUGACAAGAUGGAAAGUAUCAUGUUCGGCAUUCUCAGACUGUAA